AUGGCAGGCCUUACGGAACUUCCCCUACGCCCGCUCGCAGCACCGAUAGAUCAUAAUAUCGAUAUGGACCUGGAGAGCGAGAGCGAAUGGAUCAAAACACCUUCUGAAGACGCAUUUUUUGAUGAAGGAGAAGUCCAGAUUGAUCCGUACGGGGAUCUCAUACUUCGAGUUGGGUGUGACCCACGGUCUGGGGAUAGCUAUUCAUUCCGCGUAUGCUCCAAUACCUUACGGAGAGCAUCGCCAUUUUGGAGACGGACGCUCGCCGAGACUAGCAACGAGACUCAGGCAGCCGACGACGGCUGGUACUGGACACCCUCUCUGUUUGCGUGCCCGUACGAAAAGUCUGAUGGAUUGGCCAUACUUCUCAACAUUAUUCAUUCAAAAUUUCACUUGGUCCCAAAAAGACCAACGGUGUCGGAGAUAUACAACGCACUGUGCCUGGUGAGCAUGUACGAAAUGGAACAAGUUCUGCACCCGUGGAUUGAACCUUGGUAUGAGGUUAUCGAGGACCUCCAAUCAGCCAGGGACGGCCAUACGCUUGCUAUGUUAGCAUGUAUUGCAUGGGGCUUGGGCGAUGAAAAGCUGUACACGAAGACGGUGACGGACAUCACACUUACCUGCACGGUAGACGAGAGAGGUCACAUUACAACCGCAGACGGCGUUUGCUUGGAUGAUUAUUUGUACGGCCCACUUGGCUCACCUAUGAUAUCCGACAACAUCCGCUCGCUCCGAAGUCAGCUGGCUUCUGACAUGCCAUCGCACAUCAACAAAUUAAUCACCAGGUUGAUAGACGGUAAAUGGAUGUGCGUUGGAAUUUCAGACAUUCCUAUUACGAAAAACAAGAGGUGCGACUACGUCGUAUUGGGCAGCCUCUUUGCAGGCAUGAUUUACGUCCGAGGCUCCAAAGCGACUGAGCUUGAGAUUAGGAAGGACGAGAGUAUUGCAGAUCUGCAUAAGUCUGUCAAACAGGUUCUAUCGCACGUUUCCUGCUAUGAAAAACAUUCAGAGUGUAAUCCUGCGGAGAGGAUUGCCAUGGCUAUGAAGGACACAAUUGAAGAGUUGGACACAACACUAAGCGCGAGCAUUGUUCAAAGAAUGCGAGAGCAGCGUAUAAAAGCAGGCCUAGAAGCAAAAGCAUUUGAUGAAGAGAAGACAUAG